AAAAAGAAAGGUCUAAUAAUUGUGCAACUCAUCUGCCCAAGUAAAUGAUGGACCCAAAAAUGAGAGCAAACCCCAUGACGGACUUAGACCAGAUGCCUGAAACCCCAACUCGCCGGACCCACCACCGCCGAGCCCAGUCGGAGACCUUCUUCCGUUUCGACGACGACGACCUCCUCUUAGACGACGUCGUUGCGGACUUCGACCUCUCUACUCUCGACCUACCAUCCCCAGAUGUCAAACAACAGCAGCCGCCCAGUGGGAGUGGGCCCCCCACUUCUCAUUUGAGGAGCUUGUCUGUAGAUGCUGAGUUUUUUGAUGGCCUUUCACUUGCUGAUGAUGAUAAGGGCUCGGGUCACGGGUCGGGUCACGGGUCGGGUGCGACUCGGGGGACUCACAGGCACAGCAAUUCAAUGGAUGGGUCUUCUUCGAGUUUCGAUUCGAUGAUGGUUUUUGAUAACAACAGUAUUAAGAAGGCUUUGGCGCCGGAUAAAUUGGCUGAGCUUUCUUUGAUUGAUCCCAAAAGGGCUAAAAGGAUUCUUGCUAAUAGGCAAUCUGCAGCGCGAUCAAAGGAGCGAAAAACUCGCUAUACAAGUGAGCUGGAGAGGAAGGUACACACUCUUCGAAAUGAAGCAACCACCCUCUCUGCACAGGUUACGUUGUUGCAGCGAGAUACAACUGGGCUGACCAUCGAGAACAAGGAACUCAAGCUGAGGCUACAAGCUUUGGAACAACAAGCACAUCUUAGAGAUGCCCUAAACGAAAGACUGAGGGAGGAAGUGCAGCGGCUUAAAAUGGAAACAGGACAAGGGCCGGCUGUCAACGGGAACAACUUCAACAGAGGUUUACCGCCCCAGUUUGCUUCUCAGACUCAGUUCUCUUCUCGCCCGCAGUCGUACCACUUCGGCAAUCACCAGGCACAGCAAUUCCAACAGCAGCAGCUUCACAUGCCUCACUCAGCAAGUCACAAUACCCAAACUCGAAGUGGACAACCACAACCUAGCUUUGCGGACUUCAAUUAGAGGGCAUUGACUGGUCAAAUCUAGUAACUGGGAAGGUGUAACUGAUUAAAGGUAGCAUCUUGUACAUUAUAUACAUGUGUAUACAUGUUGCAGCUGAAAAUUGUGAAGAGUUUCUAGUGGUGAUUAUAUGCACCGUUUCUGCUUUAAGCUGCACCGUUUCUGCUUUAAGCUUUCCCUGUUUUAGACUUAGGUUUCGAAAUCAUUAUAUCUUAGAUUUUUACAACUAUUGUAGUGGAUAUAUGUGUUGUAAUAUUCUAUAUUUUAAACGAUUUAGACUUCUCUCA